GACAGCACAGAAAAUCGAAUCUUUUAGUCAAAUUUCCUGAAAUACACCAGCGACACGAACACAAACACAGACAGGAUGCCGCAAUCCCGAGCCCUUGCUAUCCUGCCACUAAUGAUUAUAAUGAUUCACGUCAUUUUGGCAGCCAAUUUUAACUAUGAAAUACUUGCAGAUGAUGAACAUCCCAACAAGUGUGUUCUUAAAGGCCCCGCGGGAGAUGAGAUCGUCGAGAGCGGCAAUUCAGUUCGUCAUCCCACAAAGUGCGCCCAAAUUGAGUGCGGCCGGAAUGGCUGGGCCUUGGUUUACAACUGCGAAGAAGAACACCCCCCAAAGGGCUGUGAACAUGAUGGUUAUGUGAACAUAAAGGCUGAAUUUCCCGAAUGCUGUGACAUGAAAUUAAAGUGCAAUAACGUUUAAAAUUAAUAGCUUACACUUAUCAAAUGGUAAACGAUAUCGAAGUAGCUUUUCAAAACAAUUGUAAAACAAUACUUUCCUCUGAAAAACUACUUGGCAAAGUAACAUUUUGGGUUACACAUGGCAGCCUACUCACUUUUCCUUGCAGUCACGCUCUUUGGGAGCCUUUUAAUCGCGAGUCAGUCUGCCGAAUGCGAGGGAAUCUACAGCGAUCCGAGACAUCCCGGUAAGUGCACCAUCAACGAGGGACUCGUCCUGAAUCCGGGGGUCAGCAUCAAGGACACCACGCACGAGUGCCGCAAAAUCGUGUGCGGACUCAACGGACGGGUGGUUUUCCACAGCUGCGGAGUGACGGUCGCGUCGCCUCCUUGCCACUACAGUGGCCACUUGAGUCCAGAACUUCCCUAUCCGGAUUGCUGCAGACGCAUCCUCGUUUGCAACUAGGCAGGCCGAUG